AUGAGGAGGAAGAGGAUGGAUGUGCUUCCACGGCUGUGUGCCGGGCUGCUCCUCCUGUCCCUGCUCUGUGCCACCGGCCUCUGCCAAAGGAGCAAAAAUAACCGCUGCGUGCUGUCCCGGGCCAAGAGCUGCACUGAGUGCAUCCGAGUAGACAAGGACUGCUCCUUCUGCACCGAUGAGAGCUUUGAAGAGCCUCGUUGCGACUUGCGGGAGAACUUGCUGCGGUACGGCUGCAAGGAGGGCAACAUCGUGUACACCAGCGGCGAGAUGCGGACCCAGCAGAAUUUCAGUAUCAACACAUCCCUGCAGAGGACCCAGGUGUCCCCCCAGGGCAUGGUUGUGCGACUGCGAGCCGGGGAGGAGAUGAACUUCAACAUGGAUGUCUUCCAGCCCUUGGAGAGCCCUCUGGAUCUCUACAUCCUCAUGGACUUCUCCUACUCUAUGUCUGAUGACCUGGCCAACCUCAAAAACAUGGGCCAAAAACUAGCGGAGUUCCUGCAAGACCUGACCUCCAAUUACACCAUUGGAUUCGGCAAGUUUGUGGACAAAGUCUCAUCCCCUCAGACAGACAUGAGACCUGAGAAGCUGCGCGAGCCCUGGAACAAUGCUGACUCCCCCUUCUCCUUCAAGAACGUCAUCCGUCUGACCAGCAACAUCAACUACUUCAGCGAGGAGCUCAGGAAAGAGCGCAUCUCCGGCAACCUGGAUGCCCCCGAGGGCGGCUUUGAUGCCAUCCUGCAGACAGCUGUUUGCAAGGAUAAAAUUGGCUGGAGGAAGGACAGCACUCACCUGCUCGUGUUCUCCACCGAAUCUGCCUUUCACUAUGAAGCUGAUGGUACCAACGUCCUGGCAGGGAUCCUGGCGCGAAAUGAUGAGCAGUGUCACCUAGACACCAAAGGCACCUAUGUGUAUGACACCAAGCAGGACUAUCCCUCGGUGCCCACCCUGGUGCGCCUGUUGGGCCAACACAACAUCAUCCCCAUCUUUGCUGUCACCAACCACUCCUACAGUUACUACGAGAAGCUGCACAAGUAUUUCCCCAUCUCUGAGAUCGGGGUGCUCCAGGAGGACUCCUCCAACAUCGUGGAGCUGCUCCGCACAGCCUUUGAGCGCAUCCGCUCCAAGAUGGACAUCCGGGCUGAUUUUGUCCCCAAAGCCAUGAAGACAGAGUUCACCUCCUCAAUGUAUGAAAAGACAGAAUCUGGCUCCUUCCACAUCAACCGUGGGGAAGUGGGCAAGUUCAAUGUGCGCCUGAAGGCGCUUGAGUACAUUGGUGGCCAACAUGUCUGCAGCCUCCCUGAGAAAGACCGGGAGGGAAUUAUCCACGUGAAACCCACGUCCCUGAGUGACAGCCUCAAAAUCGCCGCCUCUGUCACCUGUGACGUGUGUCCUUGUGAACAGCAACAAGAAUUUAACUCGCCCAAGUGCAGCUUCCACGGGGACUUUGUCUGCGGACAGUGCCUCUGCCACCCAGGCUGGCGAGGGGACGUGUGCGACUGCUCCCCAGCGUCAUCCCCCAACAACGAAGCCUGCAUUCGCCCCGGGGAUGUGGAACCGUGCUCGGGCCGGGGCGAGUGCCUGUGCGGGAAGUGCCAGUGCUAUUCCGAGGACCUGAUGCAGCGCUUUGAUGGGGCGUUCUGCCAGUACGACGUCCUGCAGUGCCCGCGCACCUCCGGCUUCCUCUGCAACGAUCGCGGUCGCUGCUCCAAGGGCGCGUGCGUGUGCGAGAGCGGCUGGGAGGGUCCGGGCUGCGAAUGUCCUAAAAGCAACGACACCUGCAUCGACAGCCGAGGGGGCAUUUGCAAUAACCACGGGAGGUGCGAGUGCGGCAGAUGCAUCUGUGACAAAGCUUCGCUGUUCACCAGCUCCACCUGCGAAAUCAGCUACUCCCUGGGCUUCCAAGCUGUGUGCGAGAGCAUCCGGGACUGUGUUCGCUGCCAGACCUGGGGAACGGGCAACAUGAAAGGGAACUGCAGCACAUGCCACCUCCAGAUCCAGAUGGUGGAAGAGCUGAAGAAAGAGGAGGCUGGCGAGUACUGCUCAUUCCAGGACGAGGAGGACGACUGCACGUACCACUACACCCUGGAGGGAGACCCCACCGUCCUCCCCAACACCACCGUCCGUGUGCAGAAGAAAAAAGAGUGCCCGCCGGGGAACUUCCUCUGGCUCAUCCCGCUGCUCAUCUUCCUCAUCCUGCUCCUGGGGCUGCUGCUGCUGCUCUGCUGGAAGUUCUGUGCCUGCUGCAAGGCUUGCCUGGCCCUGCUUCCCUGCUGCGCACGAGGUCGCACCAUUGGUUUCAAGGAGGACCACUACAUGCUUCGCCAUAGCCUCAUGUCCUCUGACCACCUGGACACCCCCAUGGUCCGCAGCGGAUCCCUCAAGGGUCGGGACACCGUGCGCUGGAAGAUCAACAACAAUGUUCACAAGCAGCAGGGUUUCACCUCCCUCGCUGCCGCCAACCCCAAAGAUCUCGUUCCCUACGGGCUGUCUCUGAGGCUGACACGGCUUUUCACGCAGAACCUGCUGAAGUCGGACACCCGGGAGUGCGAGCAGCUGCGCAAGGAAGUGGAGGAGAAUAUGAACGACGUUUUCAAGCACAUCCCCGGCUGCCACAAGCUCCAGCAGACCAAGUUCAGGUUACAGCCCAAUUCUGGGAAAAGGCAGGACCACACCAUUGUGGACACGGUGCUCACCGCCCCUCGCUCAGCCAAGCUAGAGAUCAUCAAAGUGAUGGAAAAGCAUGUUUCCCAUGAGGCUUUCAAUGACCUGAAGGUGUCACCGGGUUAUUACACUGUGACCUCAGACCAAGAUGCUCACGGGAUGGUGGAGUUUCAAGAGGCUGUGGAGCUGGUGGAUGUCCGUGUCCCACUCUUCAUCAGGGAGGAUGAUGAUGAUGAGAAGCAGCUGCAGGUAGAGGCCAUUGAUGUCCCCACCGGCAUUGCAGAGAUUGGGCGCAGGCUUGUCAACAUCACCAUCAUCAAAGAACAAGCCAGCAGCCUCAUCACCUUCUUGCAGCCAGCCUAUUCCCACAGCCGCUUUGAUAAGCUGGCCAAGAUCCCUGUCCUCCGGGAGAUCAUAGACAAUGGGAAAUCCCAAGUCACCUACAGGACCCGGGAUCUCACCGCCAGGAAUGGCAGGGACUACAUCUUCACAGAGGGUGACCUGGUCUUCCAGCCCGGGGAGACCCGAAAGGAGGUGCAGGUCCCCUUGCUGGAGCUGACCGAAAUAGAUACCCUCCUACACAACUGCCAGCUCAAGCAGUUUGCCAUCGACCUCCUCCACCCCAAGUACGGCGCCAAGAUCGGCCGAUACCCCCAGACCACAGUGACCAUCGCCGACCCAGAGGUGGUGGAUGGUGUCCCCUUGAUGGCUGGCCUGAGCCAGGUCUCCCAGUCCCCCAAAGGCCACCUGAGUGCACCACUUAAUCCCAAUGCCAAUGCUAUCAGCUCCAGGGAAAUCCGCUUCAACUGGUUUCCUCCACCGGGAAAACCUCUGGGGUACAAGGUGAAAUACUGGAUCCAAGGAGACCCUGAGUCAGAAGCCCGUCUCAUCGAUGUCAAAGCACCAUCAGCAGAGCUGAGUAACCUCUACCCCUUCUGCGACUAUGAGAUGCAAGUCUGUGCCUACAACUCCAUGGGUGAAGGGGCUUACUCUGACAUCAUCCACUGCCGCACGCUUGAGGAUGUCCCCAGCGAGCCGGGCCGCUUGGCUUUCAAUGUCGUGUCUUCCACCGUGACGCAGUUGAGCUGGGCUGAGCCUGCAGAAACCAAUGGGGAGAUCACGGCUUACGAAGUCAGUUAUGGACUCGUCAAUGAGGAAAAUGUACCCAUUGGCCCAAUGAAGAAGGUGCUGGUUGAAGACCCAAAGAAGCGCAUGGUGCUGAUAGAAAACCUGCGGGAGUCCCAGCCCUAUCGCUACAUGGUGAAGGCCAGAAAUGGUGCUGGCUGGGGACCUGAGAGAGAAGCCACCAUCAACCUUGCUACGCAGCCCAAGCGCCCGAUGUCCAUCCCCAUCAUCCCUGAUGUCCCCAUCAUUGAUGCAGAGGGAGGUGAGGAUUACGACAGCUACCUGAUGUACAGCGCUGAUGUGCUUCGCUCUCCACCUGGCAGCAAGCGUCCCAGUGUCUCUGAUGAUUCAGGCUCCAGGUGGAAAUAUGUGCAGUUGCUGGGAGAAGACUUGGAUCUUCGCCGCAUCACCUGGAGGCUCCCACCUGAAACCAUUCCCCGCCUCUCUGGCAGCAGCCGCCUCUCCUCGGACACUGAGGGUCUCCUCCACGAGGAGGACAGUGACAUGGCUACUGGCAGCCUGAGGAGGAGUGGGACACCCCGUCCCCAAGCAGAGCACUUGCUGAAUGGCCGGGUGGACUUCUCCUUCCCCGGCAGUGGCAGCGGCACACUGACGAGGACAACAAACACCAGCUACCACCAAAUGAGCUCACACAUGCAGCAGGAGCACAGGGUGAUGGGGAGUUCCUCACUGACAAGAGACUACUCCACAAUGUUAAUGGGGCAUGACUCCAGGCUGCCGCUGGGCAUCCCCGACACCCCCACACGCCUGGUAUUCUCUGCCCUCGGACCCACCUCCCUGAAGGUGAGCUGGCAGGAGCCACACUGCGAGAAGGAGGUGCAAGGCUACAGCGUGCAGUACCAGCUCCUCAAUGGAGGAGAGGUGCACCGGCUCACCAUUCCCAACCCCUGCCAGAACUCGGUGGUGGUGGAGGACCUGCUGCCCAACCACUCCUACAUCUUCAAGGUGAAAGCACAGAGUGAGGAAGGCUGGGGCCCUGAGAGAGAAGGAGUCAUCACCAUAGAGUCACAGGUGGACCCACAAAGCCCACUCAGCCCUGUACCAGGUUCACCCUUCACACUGAGCACACCCAGUGCUCCCGGACCGCUGGUUUUCACUGCCCUCAGCCCUGACUCCCUGCAGCUCAGCUGGGAGAGACCCCGCAAACCCAAUGGGUCCAUUUUGGGCUACAUGGUCACCUGCGAGAUGCUGCAUGGAGGAGGGGAGCCUAGGAAUAUCUAUGUGGAAGGAGACAAUCCAGAAACUACCCUUACUGUGCCCCACCUGAGUGAGAACGUUCCGUACAAGUUCAAAGUGCAAGCCAAGACCACCCAAGGCUUUGGGCCAGAGAGAGAAGGCAUCAUCACCAUCGAAUCUCAGGAUGGAGGCACUUUCUCCCAGUUUGGAGGACAGCAGUACAUGAGAGAAGAAGUGUAUAACUUCCCCACCGAAUACACCACCAAAACCAGCAUCAGCCAUUCCUCCCUGGAUCCCCACUUCACAGACGGCAUGCUGAUGACGACCCAGAGAGUGGAGAGCGCCAGCAGCACCCUCACCAAACAGGUCACCAAAGAGUUUGUGAGCCGGACAGUGAUGUCCAGCGGGACCCUCACCAAACAGAUGGAGAGGCAGUUCUACGAGGCCUGA